AUGCAGAGUAAUAAUUGCAAUAGACAGCCUAAUGGACCAGGGCCAUCAGGAAAUGCAGCUAUCUCCAACCUGUCGAGCGCUCUGCGUCAAGUGAACCUCGGGAACAGCAACACGACAACCGAUCAAAGUAAUAUUAGUAUCGACUUUCACAGCCGAAUGAAUCAGCAGCAACUGAUGGAUGAAGCUAGUAGGAACUCCUUCAACGCGCAGCAAGCGGAGCUGCAGCGUCAGCAGCAGCAACAACAGCAGCAGCAGCAGCAGCAGCAGCAGCAGCAGCAAUUCACAGGGCCUGCACAAAUCGAUAGCUCGCGUAUCACCAAGUUCUUCGAAAAUCAGCCUGAAGAAGGGUACACAUUGUUCUCGCAUCGUUCGGCACCAAAUGGGUUCAAAGUCGCAAUAGUGCUCAGUGAGCUUAAUCUGCCUUACAACACCAUCUUUCUUGACUUCAAUUUGGGAGAGCAUCGGGCACCAGAUUUUGUUGCAAUAAACCCCAAUGCACGGGUACCAGCACUCAUCGACCACAGCAUGGACAAUUUGGCAAUAUGGGAGUCGGGUGCCAUUAUAUUGCAUUUAGUGAACAGAUAUUACCGAGAGACUGGUAUACCGCUGCUGUGGUCGGAUAAUUUGGCAGAUCAGUCGCAAAUCACAGCAUGGCUUUUCUUCCAAACCUCUGGUCAUGCACCUAUGAUUGGACAGGCUCUGCACUUCAGAUACUUCCACUCCCAAAAAAUUCAAAGUGCAGUGGAUAGAUACACAGACGAGGUGAGAAGAGUAUAUGGGGUGGUUGAGAUGGCAUUAGCUGAACGUCGGGAGGCGCUAAUUAUGGAGCUCGAUACAGAAAAUGCGGCAGCGUAUUCUGCUGGUACUACCCCGCUUUCACAAAGCCGAUUCUUUGACUAUCCUGUAUGGCUGGUUGGCGAUAAAAUUACUGUUGCUGAUCUGUCAUUUGUUCCAUGGAAUAACGUGGUUGAUAGAAUAGGCAUUAACAUUAAGCUGGAAUUCCCGGAAGUCUAUAAGUGGACCAAGCAUAUGAUGAGAAGACCUGCAGUUAUUAAAGCUUUGCGCGGUGAAUAA